CGAACGACAAAAAUGAUGUCACUUUCACAACAAAUAUGGCGACUUACAUGGGUUUUUUUGUUGACAAAACUGACAUCCUCGUACCAUAGUUCUUAGUCAUCUUUUGAUGUUAUAUUACUCUUGGCAAAGAGUUGACAUUAAUUAUAUUAAAAAUAAGCACGCUGUUGCCUUAUUUACUACCAUAUUUGUGUGUCAGUUUGGGUUUCCUUGACUUUUGACGACAAUGGAUUCUGAGUUGAGAGAAAUAGAGCACCGCGACAAUCAGCUGAAAUCACCCCAAACAAGAGCAGUGUCAACGGAUGGUAACACUGACCCAGCUGGUCUGCAAAAUGUCAGAGUAAUAGAAAAACAAGCCCAAAAGAGAAUUUUUAAAAUCAUCGUUAUAGGUGACUCAAAUGUCGGGAAAACGUGCCUUACGUAUAGGUUCUGCAGUGGAAAGUUUCCAGACAAAACAGAAGCCACCAUUGGUGUGGAUUUUCGAGAAAAACAACUAGAAGUGGAUGGUGAAAAUUUAAAGCUUCAACUGUGGGACACAGCUGGUCAAGAGCGUUUUCGCAAGUCUAUGGUGCAGCACUACUAUCGCAAUGUUCAUGCCGUCAUAUUUGUGUAUGACAUCACAAAGAUGAGUUCCUUCGAGAACAUGAGCCAGUGGAUCGAGGAGUGCGACCGGCACAACCUGAACAAGAACAUCCCCCGCAUCCUGGUGGGCAACAAGUGCGAUGAGGUGGACAAGGUCGCGGUCAACACCAACAUGGCCCAGAAGUUUGCCGACGCCCACGGCAUGCCGCUGUUCGAGACCUCAGCCAAGGACGACGACAAGGCCAACCACGUGGACGCCAUUUUCAUGACGGUCUCCCACAAGCUGAAGAACGCCAAGCCCAUGAUGCCCGUGCAUAUGUCCAGCCUGAGCCCACACGACAGCGUGAACCUCCGGGGCAGCCCACAGCACCGCGGCCUUCAGUCCGCCGUCGGGGUGGGCGCGGGGGACAAGUCGUCGGACUGUUCUUGUUGAGUUGUGCCGCAGCAGUGUAUUCCUCUUGCUCACAUCGUGCUGACUCAUUCUUCUUCUGCUCCUCCUCAUUGGUUUUAUUUUCAUCCGCUUUGCUGGGAAGCAGUUGUGGGGGGGGGGGGGG